UGAUCAACCUAACCAAACAACUUACUCUCUUAUAUAACAGCGUUCAAGCGACUCAUUUCAAUCCAAACACAACCAACAAAUCAUCUCUCCUAUUGAACAUACAAUCAUGGUUUUCUACGCAUAUGUGAAACAGGUCACCGACAACUCGACCUAUCGAUAUGUGAUUGUCUUCGCUAGCCGCGCAGUUGCCGAUGAGUGGUGGCGUGCCGUGUCCACUUCCUCCGUCGUUAGUUUCACGGACAGUAUUCAGCGUGUCAGCGCCCAGUUCUACACCCACAACGUGAACCAGGCCAACGCCGCCAACUCCCUCACCACGACUGGAGUUGCGACGCAGUUCCUUGGCUACGUGUUUUUCACGUUGAUGAACGACCUAGGUGGUCGCGACUUGAGCAUCAUCCCGCCGCUUGAUCAUUUCGCGGAUCACAUUAGCGGGAACUCUUUCUUCAUUCGCUCCAAAGUCUCUCCUUACAAGUACUGGUACUGUCCCCAGUCAUCCAACGCGGCAGAUGAUGGGGUCUAUGUUUCGCAAACCGAACGCACUCGCUUCCUUGUUAGUCGCACCGACAGCGGUACUGCAGGGACCAUCAUAAUUGGCUCUGACCAGAUUGCUAUCACGUUGACCACCGUCGAUAUGUCCAUUAACGUCGUCACCAGCACCGGUCAAGUGAUAGUUUCAACCGCUCCUAUGUCGGGGUUGAAGUUUAGUGACCUUUUGAACAAGUUCACCACGGGGGCUACCGAUCAGAGCUUGGACAUGAGGGAGCUCAUCUACACGGAUGACGGGGAGGAGUGGGAACUCGCUUGAACUGCUAUCACUGUUUGACAUUAGCAAAGGGCUUGCAUUUGACACAAAGUUGUCCUGGACUAUUAGUAACAUUAACACCGAAGGAAUUGUAUUUUUUGUUGAACGCCUG